GAGUUGUUUGUGUGUUUUUUUUAUGUGAUUGAUGAUCAUCUUUUUCUUCUUCAAAAAGAAUCAACCGCAUUUAAAUUUGAAUAAGGGCCACAAAGGUCAAUGUAAUAUUUCGUGAAAAAGUAUAGUUUUCUUCGAUAAAAAUGAUUCAAAGUGUGUGAUGUUUCGAUUAUUUUUUUUAAUGUGAUUGACAAAGUACUCGUAUUCAUAAACGUAUUUUCAAACGAAGUAAACAUAAAAAUUGUCCAGAACAAUGGACAGAACGACGAUCAUGCAGGGUUCAAUGAAUCACAGCAUAAAAAAAUCAAAUGAAUCACAAAAAUUCACCGAAAGUUUUCUUUGUGAUGAGAUCCAUGAUAAUUUUCGAACACUAGCCUUGAUUUAUCCAUUUAGCGAUGAUUUUAGAGAUACAUUUGAAAAGGGAAUGUUUAUCAAACCAAAUGCAAAAGCAUUUCCACACGUCAUGAAGUAUUUAUUUAUGAUUUGCGAUCCAACUGAUUUUAAGAAGAAAUUUUGCUGGCCGAUUUACAAUAAAGCAGCGGAAGCAACAUUUCGCAACUCAACAUUGGAACUUUUGACAAAAUUGAACACCAAACAUGAAUUGGGACUUGUAGAAGUGAAAAAUAAGAUUUUAAUUUUUCCCGGUGGCAUGGAGUUUAUGCGUGUGAUAUAUGAACUAACUCGAUUAGCAAUGCAAAUUACAUUAAAACGAAAUGGAGUACAUGAUCUAGAGAAUCAACGGCCUACAACGUUAGCAACUGCAAGAAAGCGAUUAGAUGACCUGGAGAAUCUUUACAAAUUUGUUAUCGAAUUUAAAAAAAAUGUCGAGGAACAUACAUCUCAGUUAAAAAUAAAAACGGACGCAUUGCAUCAAUUAUUGAAAACGGUAACGAUCAACACAAAUAUCACGCCAGACAAUAUAUUACAUGAUAAAUUUACCGAGAGCUGGGAACAUGUGCAGAAUGAUAUUAUUGAAAGGGGCAUUCAGCCUGAUGUUGAACGUGUGACAAAGUUUCAGAAUGAUUGUCAGAAGCUUGAGGAGAAAAUUGAUGCAAUUUUCGAACAACAAACGAUAAAAUUUGAUCGAAAUGCAUUGGCCGCAUUUUCAGCACAUAUGCAAAAACAAUAUCCACAACUUUUUCAUAAAUUUGCUUCAAUUGUUGAAAAUGGUCAUAUCAAUUUGGAUCAUAUGUUGCAAGCACUUCCAUUAGCAAUUCCAUCAAUGUUACAAUUAAUCGAAUCACAUAAACCACGAAGUGUGGACGCAAUGGCAUAUGAAUCGAAUCGUCUUCGAAAAAUAUCACAAAAAGCUGACGAAGUACUCCAGCGAACGCUACAACUAUGUGAACCAACUGACUGUGAACGAAAGGAUCACUAUAGCGAUAUUAUUGUUACACCUCGAUUUGAAAAUAUUCAAUCGAUGAUCUUAUCAACGCCAACUAUUUCACAUGAUGCCGUACAACGUGCUGAAGGUGCAGCUAUGAAAACGAAACGUUUAUCAUUGUUUGAUGAUGUACCAUAUUUACGACCAGCCACAUCGGUGAUGAGCGUGGCACCGAAAACACAUAAUUCGAUUCUCGAGGAAUCGAUUCGAAGUGGACAUAAGCAAUUUUUGUCGCCGACAUGUUUGUUCAGCAAAGAAUCAAAAACUAAAUUGGAUCCAAUGUCCAUUUUGCGAUCGCUAACGAAAAAAGAAAAAAAGGAUAAAAAUGCAAACGGAAAUUUAAAACCAAAGUCCAUGAAUUUGGGCCUACGAUUUGGCUUGGGUGGAGUAGGUAGUAAUAGGCCACAUGAACUUUCUAAAAUAAAUGACACGAUGCUCAGUGUGCCAGACUUCUCGUCAACGCUCCUCAAUCAAUCGAAUGAAAUCAAAGAUACAUUAUUGAAUGUAAAUGAACAAAUUAACACAUCACUGGCCAAAUCGAUUGACAAGAAUGGACAUUCCGCUAUUACAAAUAAUCGAAAAAGAAAUUCGUUUCUCACAGGUGAUAUAUUUGAAAAUUCUGAUCGUGAUAUAAAUAGUUCGCCAUCGGGUCGUAUUGAACCAUUGGUUACAAUGAAACUCAAUGUAAGCGGAGUUAAACCACUGAAGUUUCUCGACAAUCAGAAUUCAAAACUUUCAUUGAGUGGAAUCGAACCAAUUGAAGAGAAAUUAUCAAAUGCAAAUGAAAUGUUCAAGUGCAUGGCCAGCGACAUCGAUUUGAAUAAUAUUGAAAACAAUCAAAAUGCACCAAACAGACAUCGUUUCAAUUUGAACAGCAUGAUAGAUGUAAACGACGAAUCUUUGAUAUUAAAUAUGAGCGAUCAUAUACUAACUAAUUUAGACGAUAGUUUAUUAACAUAACAUUAGGGAUUCAAUUAUAGUUUUUUUCAUUUUAGUUUAUUUACAAAAAAUAGUACGCAUUUAGAACAAA